GCCGAUUUAAAAGCUCAGUCAUUUUGAUAUAAUCUCCCAGCCACACUUCAUAUUUCAGGCGCCAUGGAAGAUGCCAUUAAUGUUGGACAGGAUAGCAGCGACCACAUAUUCUUGAAACAAGCAGUUGAAGAAGCUUACGAGGCCGUCAAUACAAAAGAUGGGUAUCCUUUUGGUGCAGUUAUUGUUCGUAAUGGUGAAAUAGUCGCCAGUUGUCACAACAUUGUCCGGAAGACGAAGGACCCAACUGCUCAUGCUGAAGUGACUGCUAUUCGAAUGGCCUGUGAAAAGUUGGACAAGAUUAAGCUCUCUGACUGUGAGAUCUAUGCCUCUUGUGAGCCUUGUCCAAUGUGCUUUGGUGCAAUCCAGGCUACCGGCAUUAAGAGGUUAGUUUAUGGAGCAAAUGCAGAAUCAUUAACAGCCCUGGGAUACCGCCUUUUCGUUUCGGAUGCGUUGAGGGGUACCAGUUCUUUCGGAAAGGCCGAAUUGGAGAUCAAGAAAGCCGAAGGUGAGGACGCUGUCAUGGCAGAGCAGGUGUUCGUGAAUACAAAACCUCUUCACAAAAAGAAGAAGCCCAUCACAGAGUAGUGUCACUAACAAACAACAUCGCUCACUAGUGCCAAUCUGAUCAGUCACUUGUUGUGUUACUUGGAUGUAUCAUUUACCAUUUUCGUCAAUAUCAAUAUUAGAAAUCCUGUUUUUUUCAGGAGAUAA